AUGUCCACGUCCACGAAGGGAAGAAUGGUCGGCCCCUUGGACAAGCGAAGGCGGAUAACGCGCUGCCUCGGCUGCGCUAAACGACGCGUUAAGGUCUGGGAUGCGAAUCUUCAGUGCAUCCGACAAACCACGACGUGCGUUGCCCAGCAGCAAUCAGGACAUGGUAUGGCUACUGUGUUUGUCAACCAAAGCCGGAAAGAUGAUCUUGGCGGCCGCCAGCGACGUUCUGAUCAAAAGAGCAUGGCUAUGUCCAACAAACACUGUCCUGAAAUAAGUCAACUUAAUUUCAUCGGGAAGGACAAGAGUACCCGCUUUUUUGACUGUUUUGUCUUCUUCAUUCAGCAGAACAUGUUCACAAUGAACUUCUCAUCACUAGUUCCGGACCUGUUCCCUCUGAUUUCAACAUCGCCAGUCCUGUAUCAUGCAGCGAUAGCGGUCGGUGCUUUAAAUGCGAAGCGAUAUAGCGCUGGGCGCGCAUUGCAGGGAGAACAAGCCCCUAUUGUGGAUGCCAUGACCUCUUACCAUAAGUCAAUGGGCAUCUUGCGGUCAUGUCUGGAAAACAGCAACGUGAUGCAAAGAGAAGAUCUUCUCUGGGCCACGUUUUUCUUAGGGCUAUUUGAGUUGCUUUCGGACAAUUCCGGCGAAGGUUGGGUCAAGCACAUGCUCUACGGAACAUCCAAAAUGCUUCAGCUUGCAGGACCAAGCGAUCGCAUGUCACCACCCCGAAGGAUGUUCUACGACCUGUUUCGUGUGCUUGAGGCUAGCCGAACAUUACUCUAUGAUGAAGAAACAAUACUGUCCCAGGAAUGCUGGCUCCAACUCCAACAGUCCCUGUCGAAUAAUGACACUCGAUGGGAGCCCAUGGAAGAGAUUGUAACUCUCAUGAUUGAGACAUCCGCCUUUAGUCAACGAGCCAGUGCUAUUGUGGAUACUAUACCCGAAGCCGAUCGUUUCACAGAUCCGUCGGUUGCUCUACUUGCGGUUGACGGACUCAAUGCCCAGGAAGCUAUCUAUGCCUGGCAUACAAAAACCCUGCUACAGCUGGUCCAAGAUGAUCCUAACGGAUAUUCAAACCUGGCCUUGCUUUAUUAUCACGCUCUGCUAAUAUUUCUCUCUGGAAACUAUGAUUACUUCCCCUACUGGGACAAUCUCCCGGCCCCGGUGUUAUCCCACGCCGAAAUUGCCGAGCACCUAGCUUCAAUAUUAGAUCUCUCGGAUAAGGUCUUGCUUAACUCCAAUAUUCCGGGAGUGAUGCUGUUUUUCCCAGUGACUGUUGCAGGCUCUCGAGCCUGGGGGGCCGACCAAAGAUGUGAAGUGCUUCAUCUGCUUGAUCAGAUCUACUGUAGAGGAUUUGUGGUCGCCAAUAAGGUACGGGAUGGUUUGUUGGAACGCUGGGCCGAAAGGGAUGGGAAAGCGGCAAUGGCCACAUGA